CCCGGCUCGCCAUGCGCUCGGCCGCCGUCCUGGCGCUGCUGCUCUGCGCCGGGCACGUCUCUGCCCUUCCUGUGAACAGCCCUAUGAAUAAAGGGGAUGCCAAGGUCAUGCGGUGCAUCGUGGAGGUCAUCUCCGACUCGCUGUCCAAGCCCAGCCCCAGGCCUGUGAGCCACGAGUGUCUGGAGACCCUGCAAGGAGAUGAGCGCAUUCUUUCCAUCCUGCGACACCAGAAUUUGCUGAAAGAGCUCCAAGACCUCGCUCUCCAAGGAGCCAGGGAGCGAGCGCAGCAGCAGAAGAGGCCCAGCAGCUUUGAGGAGGAGCUCUCCGAGGUCCUCCAGAGCCAGGGCGACGCGGCCGGGGCGCAAGAGGUGACGACAGAGGCGGCCCCAGAGGACGCCCAGCAGAAGAGAGAGGACGCUGAAGAGGCGAAGCCUAGUGGGGCCACCCAGGGGACCAAGCCCCAGGCCUCCCCAGAGCCUGGGCCAGGGUCCCCAGCUCCAGAGCACAGCCAGGCCCCUGGGGAGGAGGCGGCCACCACCCCCCAAGCUCCGGCCAGCCUCCCCGGCCAGAAGCAGCCAGGCCCCCAAGCCGUGGGGAGCCGCGAGGACCCCUCCCAGGGCCUGAGCGCAGCGCAGAGGCCGCGGGAGGAAGAGGAGGAGGCUGGGGAGAAGGCCGUCCCGCAGGACGAAGACCCCACGGCAGCGUUUGACGCUCAUCCUGCCCUGGGCUCCAAGAACAUCCAGAAAGGCGAGAGUGGGCUGGACGCGCUGGCCCCGGACGGAGCCGGGCAGCUGGGGGCCGAGCAGGCCCGGGACCCCACGGGGCACACGGAGGAGGAGGAAGAGGAGGAGGAGGCGGCGGCAGGGCCCCCCCGGGGCCUCUUCCAGGGCGGUGGGAAGAGCGGCGAGCGGCUCUCCAGGGAGUGGGGGGACGCCAAGCGAUGGAGCAAGAUGGAGCAGCUGGCCAAGGAGCUGACGGCGGAGAAGCGGCCGGACAGGGAGGACGAGGACGACGACCCCGACCGCUCCAUGCGGCUGUCCUUCCGAGCCCGGGCCUACGGCCUCCCCGGGCCUCCGCUGCGAUGGGGCUGGAGGCCGUCCUCCAGGGAGGACGUGGUGGAGGAGAAGAAGGAGGAGGAGGGCAGCGCCAACCGCAGAGCAGAGGACCAGGAACUGGAGAGCCUGUCGGCCAUCGAGGCGGAGCUGGAGAAGGUGGCCCGCCAGCUGCAGGCCCUGCGCCAGGGCUGAGGCGCCCCACGCGGUCCCGGCCCCGCUGCGCCCUCUGCAGGCCCGGGCUGGCGGGCGUGGAGGCUGCGCCCAGGAGGGAGGUGGCCUCCAGCCUCCCCCUGCCCCCCGCCCCGUGCCACCCCCGUGCCCUUCGCUCCCCUUCUGUUCUCAGCGCCUGCCCUGGACGCUCCUGCAGGGCGGCCCUCAACUUCCAAGCCGGAUCAUUCCUCCUCUUAACACAGGCAGCUUUCUAGAAGUUUCCCCAUCACCUUCUUUAUCCACUGGACACAAAUGCAAUAACUUCCGGGGGACAGCUGAGAACUUUCCAACUGUAAUAUAGUCCAGAUAAAAUUUAUCUAAGGAAGAAUAAACCUGCG